CAUCCGUUCCCUAGAACGGACGUGACGUUCCAUUUUCACCCAUCAGGCAAUGCGCACGCAGCACCGAUAUCAUCUCCGAGAAGCAAGAAGACAUACUUGAGAAGCAGAACAAUUGAUAUCUAGAGUGGUCGACCAGACCAACUAUGGGUGAACGUAAAGGAACAAAUAAGUACUAUCCGCCAGACUUUGAUCCGGUUAAGCAUGGCUCCCUCAAUGGCUACCAUGGCACACAUGCCCUUAGGGAGCGCGCCCGCAAGCUGUCCCAAGGAAUCCUCAUCAUCAGGUUUGAGAUGCCCUACAACAUCUGGUGCGAUGGCUGUAAGAAUCACAUCGGCAUGGGUGUGCGCUAUAACGCAGAGAAGAAGAAAGUGGGGAACUACUACACCACACCCAUCUACAGGUUCAAGAUGAAGUGCCACCUGUGUGUCAACUACAUCGAGAUGCAGACGGACCCGGCCACCUGCGACUACGUCAUCGUGUGUGGUGCGGCCCGGAAGGAGGAGCGCUGGGACAUGGCGGACAACGAACAGAUCCUCACCACAGAGCGGGCGGAGAAGGAGAAGCUAGAGACGGACCCCAUGUACAAGCUGGACCACGGGGGCAAGGACCAGGAGAAGCUGAGGAAGGCCCUCCCCUCGCUGGCUGAGAUCCAGGACCAGCAGGAGAGCUGGAAGGACGACUUCCAGCUCAACAGCACCCUCCGCAGGAGCUUCAGGACGGAGAAGAAGGUGCGGGCCGACCAGGAGGAGAAGGACAACGCGGUGAGGAAGAGGACCAACCUCUCCAUCCCUCUGCUGGCCGAGAAGGAGGAGGACAAGAAGCUGGCCUCGCUGCUCACCUACCAGGCCCCCGACUCGUACGACGCCCGGCAGCACAGCAAGAGGAAGGAGAUCACCACGCGCUCCUGGUUCAGCCCCCCUGGGGCCUCGUCCGGUAGCAGGGGCCCGGGGGCGUUUCUCCACAAGCUGAGCCUGCAGGGGAAGGGGGCAGCCGUGGCCAAAGCCCUCGGCCCCUCCCCCGCCAUCUCCCCCGGCGCCGGACCCCUCAUACGCCGCCGCACCGCCGGCCCAAGUAGCUUGACCCCACCCUGCACCGCCACCACCCGCAGGAAAUCAGACCCCGGCCCCGCCAACAUCAGGAUCAGGGCGGAGCCACAGCAGGAAGAGGAGGAGGAGGAGCCUAGCUCAGAGUCACGACAGGAAGUGGCAGUAGAACAAAACACGGAUUCUGAGGGGGCGCCGGAGAGCAGCGUGGAGCGGGGACAAGCAAGAGAGAGAGAGGGGGAUUGUGGGAAAUCCACAGGGGGCCUUGCCUCCCUGGUGGCUGACUACAGCGACUCCGACUCCAGCUCGGAGUCAGUGUAGUCGACCUCCGAGCUGGCUACUCUCUCGCUCUCUCUGCCUCGUCUCUCUCUCUGCCAAUAGGACGAGUAUUGACUAUACUGGACUCGGUGAAUAUUAGGGACAUGAAACUCCCUCAUUGAGACGCUGCUGGUGAUGAGGUGUCCGUUGGUUGGAGCGCCCCCUGGUGAGAGCGAGGGGGUGUACGGUCGGGUUUGAAUGACUGGGGGGAAAGGAAUACAUGUCGAUUGAGACGGUUUACUUAUGAGUACUAUGACAAACUGCCAUGUUUUGACACGCCAACACAUUACGCCUGUAUAUCUCUUAGCUGCUAUGUGUCAUAUCUGUGGGCCGAAUAUGAUUCACGAUUGGGUCAUUUAUUCAAUGAACAUUAUGUUGAUAAUUUCAAGCUAAUGUAUUAAAUAAAGUGUAAUAGUUUGUCACUGCA